CGCUCGUCCGCGUUCAGCUCAGCUACUCCAAUUUCGCAACAAGUUGCAAGCAAUAACCGACCAAGGACGACGAACGGGUCGAUGGCCACGCUCUCCUCCUGCAGCCGCCUGAGUAGCGGCACCGGCGCCGCGGCCAUCCACCGGCAGCCGGCCCGUGCUGGAGCCGUCCUCGUCGUCACCUGCAGGCGGAGCUCCUCCGCGACCGUCCGCGCCGCAGCCGCUGCCACGGCGGCGGCGCCGGCUGCCGUAGAGCUGCAGAACAAGGGGGUGUCGCUGCCGACGUGGGCGGAGUUCGAGCUCGGGCGGGCGCCGGUCUACUGGAAGACCAGCAGCGGCCUCCCGCCCUCGCCGGGCGAGGGGCUGACCCUGUUCUACAACCCGGCGGCGACGAAGAUGGCCCCGAACGAGGUGUUCGGCGUGGCGUUCAACGGCGGCUUCAACCAGCCCAUCAUGUGCGGCGGAGAGCCGAGGCAGAUGACGCUGCAGGAGCGGGGCAAAGCCGACCCGCCCAUCUACACCAUCAGGAUACGCGUGCCGCAGCACGCCGUAAGCUUGAUCUUCUCCUUCACCAACGGGGCCGAGUGGGACGGGCCGUACACGCUCAAGUUCAGGGUCCCCAAGCCAUGGCAGAACAAGCCGCUGAGCUUCUUCAACGAGGGCCUGGCGGACGAACUCAACAGGGAGGGCGCCUGCGACCUGGCCAUCUACCCGGACGAGAACAUCGCCAUCACCAGCUGCGCCAUGGACGGCUACCUCGAGGAGGGGGGGGAUCGGUGCAAGCUGGACAUCGUGAGCGGAUGCACGGACCCCAGCUCCGACAUGUUCGACCCGCUGGCCACCGUCGACGACGGCUCCUGCCCCCUCGAGUCUGAUUCCGAGGAAUGAUGAAGGAGCUCCAUCUCAAUCCGAGGGAGGGAGGCAGCAGCAGCAAACGUGAUCCACACAAAUGUCUGUCAAGUUUGUCAUCAUGUGAUACAUGAAGCAUACCUGUAUUUAGCCAGAAUACCACAGUAAAAACGCAUCAAUGAGCAAGAUGAUCUGGAUACAUGGUAUCCAUCUUUGC